CGUCGACGUCCGAAAGCUGCAGACAUAACAGCAAACAUGUCCGUUCCAAGAUUACUGGCGCAGGUCUUCUUCCUGGGGUCACAGAUCGUCGGGAAGGCCUUCAUGGAGGCGGGCCGGCAGGCUGUCCGAAAUGCCAGAGCUGGGAGGGUAGAAGCGGGAGCAGCGGCGGCCGGAAGUGCCACAACAGGAAACAGCGCGACAGACAUGCUGACCCGGACGCAUCGAAUGACACUGGACGAAGCGCGGCUAAUUCUCAAUCUUGGAAAGCAAAAGGCGACAACGGAUGUCGGAGCAGAGAAGGAGGUGCUGCUGAAGAACUACGAACACCUGUUCGCGACGAAUGCGCCACCGGCGCCAAAGGGGAAGCAGGGUGGAGGACAGGGCAGCUUCUACAUCCAAUCCAAGGUCGUCAGGGCAAGGGAAAGAAUCGAGGCGGAGUGGAAGGAAGCAGCAAAGAGAAUGCAGCAGCAGACCGCUGAGCAACAACAACAGCCCCCGCCGCCACCGUCAGGAAGCGCAAGCGAAGCUAAAGGUCCGGAUGCCCCGCACUAAUGUCUCUUCUUUCUGCUACGUAGAGACGACAGAGCGGGGGAACAUGGAGCCGAAGAAUCACGACUUGUAUCACUCAUUGCAGCAGGACUUUCACCACUUUUUCAGUUCGAUCGAUAAUCAAUGCGUCAGACCUUCUACGUUUGUUGUGUGAUAUCAUAUAAUCUCACAAGAGACAGCACCUUGGGCUUGAGAGGCAUAAUCUCUCAACUCACGUCCUGCCGUCCUAGGUCAAGCACGACUUCAUGGGACCGCAUUUGCUCUACGAUGC